AUGCAGUCACGUAACGGAGAAGAAACUAAAUAUUUCUUCAUAGUGAGCCAAUACAGCCGCGGUAGACUAGUUCUUGAUAUUCAAAAUGGCAAGAAAAGUGGUAUUCUUGAGAUCGUGACACAAGAACGUGGACGAUCAAGUCAGUUGUGGAGAUGGGAUGAGAGUUGUCGGCUGGUCAGCAAACUGGGCCUUGUGGCAGAGAUCAAAGGUGAAAGUAAGAAGGAAAAAGCCGUCUGUCAUGCCAGGAAAGCUGACGACAGCCUCAGCCAAAAUUGGCGAGUUGAAAAAGCAUCCAUUGUGAGCAAUUUGAGUCAUCUCGUUAUGGAUGGUUCGCCUCCCACUGCUCAGGUUUUCAUGAGAAAAUUCAAGGAAGACAGUGAACACCAAAAAUGGCAUUUUGUUCCAGAAGUAGUAUGGGACGAUUUCCAACUUUCACUAAGAGAGCCAAACCCCCUUGAAAAGGCGCUGUUCUGGAAAAAUGUGGCUGACAAUUAUCUUGACGUCAUCAUAGGAUACAGUUUUGACGAGUACCAGACCAAAGUCCAUAAAGUAUUUGAAAUUAUAGAUGAAUGUAUCAGCAGCCUCGAGGAGGUAGUGAAGGGUACUGGUAUCGCACAACUGGUCGGUGGAAGUGUGACUAUCGCUGGAGGCGGGGCUGCGAUAGCUGGUAUUUUGUUAGCUCCGGUUACAGCGGGCGGUAGUUUGAUUCUCACUGUAGGAGGAACUAUAACUGCGCUAACAGGAUCAACUACAGCAUUCACAGCAAACCUGGUCCACGGCAAACUGGAUAAUCACAAGAGAGGAAAAGUGAACGAGGCCAUAGCAUCUCUCUUCUGCGCCACCUGUAGGUUCUACUCGCUGCUGGGAGAGUAUGGUAAAUAUCUGCAAGACGCAGAUAAAUUUUUAACAGAACAGAAACAUGAAACGAGCAUACAUUCGGUUGACGGAAAAGAGGACACAUUUUUCGAGGUGGCCAGCGCGACUGGCCAAGUUGCUAAGAAAAUUUACGACCAUGUCGAGGUAGUAAAAAAGCUGGUAUCCUUAAAUAGGGUCAAUGCUCUUGUGUACAGAGGAGCGGAUAUCGGAAUUUCCACAAGUGCUGCAGCACCAGGGUUUACCAUACCAGUCGUGGGCAAAACCCUUCUGAUCGCUGGAUCAACUGGUGCGAAGGCUUUUUCCGGAUCAUUGGCUGGUCUUGGAGUGCUGACUGGCAUCUUUGAUAUAUAUUCAGGUGCAAAGAAAAUCCGAAGUUGCGGUGAAUUAGCGGAGGAAUUUCGCACCUCUUCGGAAUGUUUGAGAGAAGAGGCCGAUAAACUAAUUUGCCUUUACAAGGAACUCCAUCGAGAUGAAGAGUGCGAGCAGUAA